AAUGGAAUGAGGAUUUAGAGUCACGCGCUUGCAUACUUGCGUUGCACUUCGACCAGCGACGAGCGACUUGACAAUGGUGAAGCGUUAUCUUAACCAAAACUACGAAAAACUUCGGAAGGCGGCUCGUGCGGGCGGUCGUCUGUUCGAAGAUCCCGAAUUUCCAGCCACGUCCUCUUCACUGUAUCUAGAUGGCCACGAGAACUCCCGUAUUGAGUGGAAACGACCAGGCGAAAUUUGCAGUGAGCCAGCCAUUGUAGUUGAGGGAGUGGAAGGUAACGAUUUGAAUCAAGGUGAAGUUGGUAAUUGCUGGUUUGUCGCUGCGUGUGCCUGUCUUGCGCUGCACAAGAAAUUGUGGAACCACGUUGUUCCGAACGUAAGCGAUCAGGAAUGGGAUGCUGAUCAUCCAGAGAAGUAUGCUGGCAUAUUUCGAUUUCGAUUUUGGAGGUUUGGAGAGGAAACAGAAGUUGUAAUUGAUGAUCGACUUCCUACUGUUAAUGGACAACUUAUUUAUGUGCAUUCAAAGCAGAAAAAUGAAUUCUGGAGUCCUCUACUGGAGAAGGCUUAUGCAAAAUUGGCAGGUUCCUAUGAAGCACUUGAUGCAGGGAAUACGGCAGAUGCUUUUGUUGAUUUUAGUGGUGGAGUAAGUGAAUUCAUCAAUUUAGAAACAGGUGGCUAUGCAGAUGAUGAGGAGCAGCGAAAUCUUCUCUUUACUAAUGUAGAGAAAGCCAUGAGUCAUCAAGCAAUGGUCAGCUGCUCAAUUCGAGCUGAGGAAGGAAAACGAGAAGCACAAAUGGAGUGUGGUCUUAUAAGAGGUCAUGCGUAUGGAAUCACAGCUGUGAGGAAGGUUGUAAUAGAACAUGGAUUUUUCAAAGACAAGAAGCUGAAGAUGAUUCGAAUUAGAAAUCCAUGGGGUGGCAAGGAGUGGAAUGGACCUUGGAGUGAUGGGUCAAAUGAAUGGAAGAGUGUUCCUGAGUCUGAGAAAAAGAAAAUUGGCUUAGAUUUUGAGGAUGAUGGAGAAUUCUGGAUGAACUUCACAGACUUUGUUCAAGUGUAUACCCACAUGGCUGUGUGUCGUUUGAUCAACACAUCAAUUUUCAGCUUUCAGAAGACAUGGCAUGAAAUGAAGUUCUAUGGUCAGUGGGGACGUUCGUCUGCUGGUGGCUGUAUUAACAACAAAGACACAUUUUUGAGAAAUCCACAGUAUUCCUUUGACGUAAGAGAAGAAGAUGAAGGCAUGGCCAUGCUGACUGUGCAACAAAAAGACAGACGUGCAUUAAAGAGCCAAGGAGGUCACAGUGGAGAUAACCUUUCUAUUGGUUUCCAUGUCAUGAAGGCUGAAGAAAAUAGGCGUUACCGAAUGCAUUCCAUUCAUGAAACGGCAGCUACUGUGACAUACACCAAUGCACGGUCAGUGUUUGGACGGUUUUCACUGCGUAAAGGACGAUAUGUGGUGUUGCCAUCUACCUUUGAUGCUGGACAAGAGGCUGACUUUAUGAUGAGGAUUUUUACAGAGAGCGACUCACGAUCUAGGCCUCUUGUUAAACAUGCUCCAUCUCCAGUUCCUUGCUAUCGGGCAUGUUGUUCUCGUUAUCCUCGUGUGGUUGUGGUGGUUGAUAUAAAGGGCUGUGAUGGAAUUGAGAAAGCUAACACAUUUGGCAGUGGAUCUGAUUCUUAUGUGAUUGCUCAAUGUGAAGGAAAAGAGGUCGAAACAUCUGUGCAGAAAGACACUCUGGAUCCUGUGUUUAAUGCACAAAUGAUGUUCUAUGUGAAACGUCCAGACAGAGCUGAGUUGGUUUUGCAGGUGUGGAACAAAAACGUUACACUUGAUUCUUUCUUGGGUCAGGCGACUGUUAGAUUGGAAGUUGAUGCAGGAACCAAACAAUACACAAAAAACUUGAUGGGCAGAAGAAGUAAGAAAGAUGAAGCAACCAAAGGCUCUAUUUUGUUUACUGUGAAAACGACCACAGAUUUAAGAAGUGUCUAGAACCGGUGACAUUUCUUUAAUGCACACUGUUGCUCUUUGUGAUUUGGUGAUCUCUAAUAAUUAUUGUGAUUAUUAUCUCUUCCAUUGACACUUUGAAUUUGCACAAUUAUGUAGGGUAGAUGUUAUGAUGCCGACAUCUGAUUUAAUGAAUUUCUUACAAAUAUACCAUGCAGUGGCACUCUUGA